AUGUUUGACUCGGUCAUCGUGGCGCGCGACCGCUGGCUCAAGCCCGAGGGUGCCAUGUUCCCGUCCCAUGCCAGCAUGUUUAUUGCUCCCAUGUGCAACGAGGACAACAGCAACAAGCGCUUCGCAGAAUUCUCCUCGGCGAUGGAUUCGUGGCGAGGCUUUAUCGACAACACUAAGGUUGAGACACUCAUUCUUUCGAGCUUCUUCUCGUCGAGCCUCCUCUAA